CUGCACACGCAUGAUCGUUGCAGUUGGCUCGGCGCGUGCGUCACGCACAGUACUUGCUACCGAAAACACUUACGCGAAUUCAAAUUUCGAAUUGUCAUAAAAAUGUAAACUCGCAAUCAGCGGGAGCCAUCCACUUGCCGCAUUUAAAUCGGUUCCAAAUUCAAAGCAAUUUUUCAUGAUCACAUUGAAUUUCAAAUAUGUCUUUAUAAACGUCGUUGUUUUUAUAUUUGUGGACUAUUUCCCGUUGAAUGUUGUACGAAGUGGUUUUGUGUCAAAUUGUGAAAAGCCAAUAUGGGAACUAUCAAGCGGCUAGCAGUACGUAUAUUCAUGCUGAUCAUACUCCAAGCUGCUGGUGCUGGCUUUGCAGCUCCAAGUGUGUUGGUUACCAGGCAUGAAUCUAGAGCGGUAGAGUGGCUGCCGAUGGAUAAUCAAACUGUCUAUAGAUUGGAUGAAGGGGAGACCAGAAAUUUGGAGCUAAACACAACACAAUUAUUACAAUCAACGGUGUACAUCACAGUGAGCCCCUGCUCCAGAGAUUUUCAUUGGGCUCUCUAUAGAGGACAUUUCCAAGGUUCAGACGAUCAAUUGAAUCUUCUACAAGAAAGUAGUGGAAGUGAAACCAGUACAUUGUCUGCGGUGAUAAAAAAUGAAGAUCGGUAUAUAUUACAGUUAUUCUCAUCAAAGGGGGGCGCUGCAGCGGUCAGCGUAAGGGGGGAGGCUCCGCGACUCGUUCGUAUGCGCUUACGCACGCGAUCUGGGCGAAGGCUUUCAGCUAACUGGGACCCAAGUCCAAUAGAUCCCCAUGUGACGUCAUACUGCGUAGUGGCAUCCCACAGGAAGAACUAUACUUCACUGUGUGCAGCCCAGUACGACACGAGUGUCUGUAGCAGACGGUAUCAAGAACCAAACGAAACUCGCAAGACCCGAUACAACACAUCGCGAGACUCCGAAAACUCUAUAGAGAUCGACAGAUUUGACAUAUUUGAGGGGAAUUUCAAGAAUGUAUUUCGGAGGAAGAAGUUUGGUCGCAGCACAAGAGUGUCCAGUGAUGAUCCCAUGAUUGCCUGCGUCGGUGACAGAACUCAUCAUCUCAUAGAAAACUUGGACCCCAGCACGACCUACUAUGUAAGCAUAUUUGGCAUAGCAAGAGACCGGAGAGCUGGAUCUCUUCUAGCAACAGGCAGUGUGCGACCGAGGACGUCCACCGCGAAGCGGUUGAAAGAAAAUGUUCCGCUCAAAACAGAUAUCCGGGGGAAAACUGUAUAUUAUUUUAAAACUGGAGUGGGCUUUGGAAGUGGCAUGUGGUUAUCAAUGACAACGUGUGGAGGAUCCGUUGACGUUGAAGUAAUUGUUAAAGGAAAACGCCUUUAUGCAAUCAAAGAUAUAGUUAGCCAUUCGAAGUUCUUCAUACCGGCUCCUAUCGUAGGAUCCUCAAUACAAGAGACGAGCGAUGAGGGAUCUGUUCAAUUCGAUUCCAGUUCUGAAGAAGCUAAAAUCCGAUAUGUUGUGCGCGUGAUGCCAAAUAGAUUGUAUAGAGAUGGUUCAGUUACUGUAGAGUUGACAGCUUCCACUACAAGAUGGGGCGCUAGUACACCGGAAUUGCUGGAAGAUGGCGUGAGGGAGCUACGACCGAGGCGAUCUUGCAAAUCUGUCGACGUGGCCUUUCUCCCAGCGAAUCAUAAUGCCACUGAUGUUAUAAGAUAUUGCAUAAUAGCGCGUGAAACAUCGCAAAACGACGGAUUUAUCUGCGCACUGUCAAAGAGAUUCGCAACAAAAGCACAGUGUAUUAGCCACAUGCAACGAACGCCGACCAGAGCAAUAGUACAAAAAGUCUUCGGUUUAAAGUCCGGUCGCAAAUAUGCCAUUCAAGUGGUCGCAUCUACGAAGGGCAGUCCGGUACCAUACAAGGUGUUAUAUGCAGACACAAACGCGUCGUGUAAAGAUUAAUGUUUAAUAAUAGUGUGUCAUAAAUAGUGAAUCAGUAUUAGUUAAUUAAUUAAGCUUUUUGUCGCUGUUUUCUGUUUUAAAUGAAAUCAUGAGAUGGCAACACCUUAACACGUCAACAGACUAUGAAGCGCUAAGAAUAUGGAGACGCCUCAAGACUUCAAAGAAGUCAAAUUUUAAAGAUCAAACUAGGGGGUUUAGUCAAGAUUCCUUAACUGAAGUGUAUGUAGUAAUUUGUAGACACGAACUGUCAUUUUCAUACAAAUUAAGUUUUCGACUUUCUACAUACACUAAUGCUAGCAAAGGCCCGAGCCAAACACAUUACGACAUGCGUGACACAAUUACAUUAGCUUACUUGGUCACGUGACCAUUUUCAUAAGAAUUUCUUUGGCGUUGGUAGUUCACGCCUAUUGCAUUUGUCUCGGGCCCCGUAUCAGAUAACUAUCAAAAUUUAUUUCAUAUUUUGAAAUAAAGAAUGCUUUAAUAUUUUUUACUGUGCCAUGAAAGGUAUAUAUAUAAAACCGCUUUUGUAAUUAAAAAGAAUGAAAUGUACUUAAAUAGUUAAAUACUACAAAGUAUCUCCCAUAAAAAUAAAAAUAUGCUUUAUUGAUAGGCAUGAAAUAAUGUAUUGAGUUUUUCAUUUAGAUUAAUGUGUUUUUAUUUUAGUUAUAUUGUAUUCUUUUAAAAAUAACUUUACAAUAAUUUAUUGUCAUCUAUUAUCCCGCCUACACCUUUUAUAUAAAUAUUACAUUUUUUAACGUAACAUGAUAAUAAUCUAAGUAUUUAUGUAAAUUGUGGCAUUUAUUGAUUAUAAUACGUUUGAACAAACUGUAAGUUCCUACUAUAUUUACGUGAAAAUUGAAUAUUUUAAUAUCUAUUAGUAUUUAGA